AUGAGCGACCUCGGCAGACUUUUCGAGAAAAACUACGUUCCCGGAGAUCAGGACAUCCUGCGUGCACGCCUUAGGACGACAGGUAUCAGCGAGACCGUCUUCGACACCGGAAACCUGACCUUCAAGAUGUUCGACGUUGGCGGUCAACGUUCGGAGAGGAAAAAGUGGAUCCACGUCUUUGACAACGUACAGGUCGUCUUGUUCCUUGUAGCCAUCAGCGGUUUCGAUCACGUUCUGGUCGAAGACAAGAAUGGAGUAAGACUCCUGUCUCUGCCCUAG